AUGCACGCGGCCAAACCGUCUGCACAGCUCUGGUGUUGCCCAAUGGACACCCAGGGGGACGUCCGACCUCCAGAGCAGCAGCCAAUAAUAUAUAUCGGUGGAGAAUGUCACAGAGAAAGGGAAAUAAAAUCGAGGGAUCCCAUCAGAUGCAGAGAAUGUGGGUACAGAAUAAUGUACAAGAAAAGGACGAAAAGAUUGGUGGUUUCUGACGCUCGGUGAAACAUGGAAUUCAGAAGAAUAUCUUCGCAUUUGGACUUGCUGUUAAUGUAUACUUUUUGAUUAGUGUACUUACUUUUAUGACUACAACUAUAUACCCACAAUUUCAUUUUAAAAACUGUAUUCUAUUUCAGUAUCUGU